CAACCAAAUAAAGGCCAAAGGAGAAGCAUCAACCCAACGCCCAAGCAAAGUUUUUCGUCGUCCGUCCCCCAUCGCCGCGACCGAGAGAGCUCCAGAGGACGCCGCCGCCGCCAGCAGCGCCACAGCCUGCCUCCUCCGCCCAUGGAUCCGAAGAUGACAGAGGUGACCCAGAUGUUCGCCCGCUUCAAGGCGGCCUACGCCCGCAACGACCUCGACGCCUGCGUGACCCUCCUCUCGCAGCUCAAGGUCCAUCUCACCAAAUUCCCCAGCCUCCCGCCCUCGUUUCAGCAGACACCGAACGCUGUGGAGGAGCUCAAACUUGCAAGGGACAUUUAUGAACAUGCUGUUGUUUUGAGUGUGAAACUUGAGGACCAAGAUGCAUUUGAACGCGAUUUUUGCCAGCUCAAGCCUUAUUACAUGGAUACAUGUGGCAUAAUUCCCCCCUCACCAGAGGAGUACCCAAUUUUGGGACUCAAUCUUCUGAGGCUGUUGGUUCAGAAUAGAAUUGCCGAGUUCCACACUGAGCUGGAGCUUCUACCUGUCAAGGCACUUGAGCAUCCUUGCAUUAAGCAUGCGGUAGAGCUUGAGCAAUCCUUCAUGGAGGGUGCCUACAACCGAGUGUUAAGCGCUCGGCAGGCUGUGCCACAUGAGACCUAUGUUUACUUCAUGGACCUUCUCGCCAAAACAGUUAGAGAUGAAAUCGCUGGGUGCAGCGAAAAGGGGUAUGAUUCCCUAUCUGUAAGUGAUGCAAAGCAAAUGCUUAUGUUUAAUUCUGACCAAGAUCUGCACGAGUACAUCUCAGAGGAGCACCCGGAAUGGGAGAUUAAGAACGGUGCCGUCUUCUUCCAGAAGGCGAAGGAGUCGCAGCCUUGCAAGGAGAUCCCAUCCUUGCAGCUCAUCAACCAGACGCUCAGCUACGCGAGGGAGCUGGAGCGUAUUGUAUGAUUUAAUUUCAUAGUAAUCCCUGGUGGAUGUUUAUUUUCUGUGGUCACUUGGCAUGGCCUGUACUGUCCUUUACAUUUGAGAUCAGCUCUGAUCGCCCCUCUGAACUGUCUGAAACAUCAUGUGAAUCUCUGAAGGGCUCGAUCUCCCCGGCAUUGGUUUGUUAACUCCAUUUGUAUUUCACCACAUUGACUGCAUUGUUUGAAAGAUGCCCGGCAUUCACUGCUGCUGUGAGCUUUUGAUGGGCUUAAGAUUGAAUUACUA